AUGAAGGGCGGCAUGAAGGGCGGCGGCAUGGAGGGCGGCGGCAUGGAGGGCGGCGGCAUGGAGGGCGGCGGCAUGGAGGGCGGCAUCGCGAGCUCGGGUUUUACCGACACCUCUUUAUGGGGGGACAUGGAGGGCGACGGCAUGAAGGGCGGCAUCGGGAGCUCGGGUCGGACCGGCACCUCUUUACGGGAGGACAUGGAGGGCGGCAUCAUUCCCAAUGCUUUGUUCUUCGUCUUCCGUGGCCUGCUUGAGCACAAGGACGCCGUGUUCAAAGUGUUGUUGGUGAUGUCGAGAGCGGUCGACUGUGGUUAG